GUGUGGCAGACGGCGGCGGACGGCGGGGACACAGGAGCAGCAGCCGACGGACACCGAUCGACACGGCCGAACAGCUCCCACACAGUCAGAGAUGGCGGCCUGCGGUGGCGGCGGAUGGCGGCUGGUGACGGUCUGCGCCGCCUGUUCAGUGCUGCUGACAAUGGUCGGCGGGGCCGCGCUGCCCAGCGACGGUCGGCGUCGGAAGCGCAGCACGCAGAUCAUCUCUCCGCACGCGGCCGGCGCUGCGGCGGACCCGGCGCGCCGCGUGCACAUCCCCGAGGCCUGGCUGGGCUACCUGCGCGGCGUGCGCGGCAGCGGCGCCCUGGGCGCGCCGGCGCCGCAGAAGCAGAGCAAGGCGGACGUGGUGUCUCGUCCGCUGAUGGUGAUGGACGCCGCCGAGCCGCUGACGCCGCAGCAGGAGGCCAUGGUGAGCAGCAUCAUCAGCUCCACCAUGAACGGCGGCUUCAGCGGCACCAACACAGCCGUCUCCGUCUCGGAGCGCUACCCGGGCCUGCAGGGCUACGAGGCGCUCCAGGACGGCGUCAUCAACUCGAUCCAGACGCUGCGCGACCAGCUCGUCUCGUCGGCCGAGGAGCCGGACGGCAGCGGCUCGUAUGACCCCGAGAUGGAGCCCGAGGAGAUGGGUGAGGAGAUGAUGGAGGAGCAGGAGGACAUGAUGCAGGAAGAGAUGAUGCCUGCCUCCGCGCCGCCACCAGCCCCGGAGCAGCCCGAGACCACCAACAGUCCGGUCACCUUCAUCACGCUCAGCACCGCCGCCCAGCCGGCCUCGCACAAAGCCUCGAUGGUACACGACAUGAUGGACAGCAUGAAGGACUCGGAGGGCGGCGCCAUGGAGCCGGUCACGGACGCUCCGCGGGUCACCGAGCCCGGCUUCCGGCCGAUGCCGUCGCUGCGGCCGCGCCCGAUCCCCACCAUCCUCUCGCAGGAGAACGCCGCUCAGCUGGGCGUGACGCUCACCACGGAGCCGACCACCACGGCCGAGCCGCCGGCCACGGCCGCGCCCGACGCCCAGCGCCGACCCACCGUGUUCGUCAACAACCGGCCCGUGUUCCCAGCCACCACCCCGGCGCCGGCCGCCAGCGCCGAGACGCCGGCCCCGUCACCGGAGAAGGCGGCGACUCCGACCACCAGCCGGCCCGCCUCCAGCGCGGUCACCACCGAGCGGACCACAGAGGCAGCGCCUGCCACCGAGCUGCCCGCCGAGGGUCCGGUCACAGAGGUGGCUCAGGGCAGCCUCGGGGUGAAGGUCACUACCACAGACAACACCAAGAUCGUCCUCAAGGACACAGCGCCGGCGGCGGACGCAGGAGCGCCCUCUGCGGCCGAGACGACAACCACCACGACCACGACCACGACCACGACGGCGGCUACAACGACGACGACCACUCCUGCGCCGACGUUCCUGCAGGAGCUGCAGAGGCAGCUGCCGCUGAUGGGCGCCGUCAUGGUGGCCGGCACCGCCGUGCUCGGCACCACCGCCUUCCUGGCCUUCGGCAAGAGGCGGCGCCGGCGACGCAGCGCCGAGAAGUCGGCCUGGCCCAUCGACCUGGACGCCAUGCUGGACCAGCUGCUGACCGCCGAGCAGGCCCACGGCAGACCGGAAGACCAGGAGGACCACAGCGGACCGGAAGACCAGGAGGACCGCAGCCAGCCGGCCGCCGAGGACCGCAGCCAGCCGGCCGCCGAGGAGGACCACAGCGCCCCGGCCGAGCCGCGGCACUCCAAAAGCGAGCUCAGGAAGCACGGCAAAAAGUAUGUGCCCGCUCGAUCGGCAAAGAGCAAGUCGAAGCCUCAAUGAUUAACUAGUGUCCAGCGUUUGUGUCGGGCAUGUCUGUGUAUGUCAGCUACAUAUAUCUCAUGAGUGAGGUCCCUUGGUGACGUUGUUGUCUCUGUAACGCUUAGGAUGCAGAAUCCCUGAUGAAAACGCAUGCUGCAAAUUGUCGCAAAUUUUAUCUUAAUGACCCGGACAAGAAUGAAAAUAGAGUGCAAGAUUGGUAGAUAAAAUGUCGGUACCUAUCAAGCGUAUUUCUUUCAAGGAGCUAUUUUACAGCUUGUGUCGCAGCGUUUCCCGUUAGGUACUGUAUUGUUACGUCAUCGAUGUGAAAAAGUAUUAAUGUGCAUUUGUUGAGUUACGCAUCAUUAUUUAUUGCUACAUCAAUCCUGUCUUGUUAUUGUUAGUGUUUUUAUUAUGUUUUAUUAUGUUUUGCGAUUUAAUAAACUAGACAAUCGCAGAAGGGAGAGUUUGGAAGAGC